AUGCUUAAAUUAAAUUAACAGAUACUUGUUAGAAAUGGACAUAUAAAUUUUAACUAAGGUUUUUAAUAAUUAAAUCAUCAAAACUCUUAUUCAAAAAUACAAAUAACACCAGAUAAAAGAAAAAAUUCAUUAGAAUAUUCAUUACAAAAAUAAAACUUAUACAGCUAAAUUAACUUUUAAGAAAGAAAGAAAUAAAACUCUAUUCCCGAUAUUAUAUUGUAAUAGUAAAAUUAAAAAAAAUGUUACACUUAUUCAAAUGAUCAAAUCGAGAAUAGAGAUUAAGAAAUCUUUUUGAAAAAACUUAAAACAAUCCAAAAUUAAGAUGUCUCUCCAAAAAGAAUAGGUUAAGAAGCAUCACCUUUUUAAAAUAUCCUAAUGAAUAGAAAAAGAAAUUGUAUUAGUGAAAAUAAAAAAGAAUUAUCGUAUGAAAAAGAAUAAUUAUUAAAAAAAAAAUAGAAGAUACCUAAUCCUCUAUAAAUUUUUAAUUAAGAUUCAGAUUAACCAUCUAAUCGAAUUACAUUUAAAGUCUCAAACUAAUAGAAUGAGGACAUAAUAGUAGUAAAAUAGAUUGAAACUCCAGGAACUGCUUAAUUUAUGUAAUCAACUAAAGAUGAAAGCUUUGCAUUUCUAAAUGAUAAUUCAAAAGAAGAUAUAAUUAAUGAUGAAGAACAAAAUUGUUGUCCAUCAUAAUAAAUUUAUUAACGCAAAUUAUCUUGUUAAGAAGAAAAUUUUAUGCCUGUCUAAAAAACAAUUCCUACUAAAAAACCAUACUUUUAAUCAAAAAAAGGAAGUGAUGUAUAAAUUAGUAAAUUAGAAUGCAAGAAAAUAAUGAUUAUUUUAGAUUAAGAGUAGAAUAGAAUAUUAGAAUCAAUUGGAUUGAACUCAAGUAAUUUUCAUAAUUCUCCAAGAAGCGAGGAAUUCAAUAAUCCUUAGAAAAUUGAUUCUUAAAUUAAAUUAAAUGAAGAAACAGAAGUUAUAGAACAUGAAUAGAUAAAAUAAAAAAGAUUUAAUAUUAAAGAUGAAAAUAAACCUUAUUGGAAAUUAAGAGAAAUGAGUAAUUCUAGAAAGAAAAGAUGA